UGUGUUUAGGGUGGGAGAGGAGAGUUAGCCGUUAGCACGGAAAGCUAACAGCCGGAGUGUGUAAUGGCGGCCUCGGUGUUGUUGGGGUCUGCGGACAACACCGGACUCAGCUUCACGGUGGGAGGCGGCGCCGGUAAUGUUUUGGUUGGGAACAACAACGGACUGGGGACGGUGGGGCCGGCGCCCUGGAACCGAUCACUGGACCGGGCACUGGACGAAGCCUCGGCCACCGGGUGUCUGAACCUCAGCGGCAGGAAGCUGAAGGAGUUCCCCCGGAGCGCCGCUAACCACGACCUGACGGACACCACCAGGGCCGAUCUGUCUCGUAACCGUCUGUCGGAGCUUCCUCUGGACGUUUGUCUCUUUGUGUCUCUGGAGAGUUUGAACCUUUAUCAGAACUGUCUGAGGUCUCUGCCCGACAGUCUGCUCAACCUGCAGGCCCUGACCUUCCUGAACCUCAGUCGUAACCAGCUGUCUGUCCUCCCUGUGGUCAUCUGCAGUCUUCCUCUGAAGGUUUUGAUCGCCUGCAACAACAAACUGGUUUCACUGCCAGAAGAAGUUGGGCAACUGAGACAUCUCACUGAGCUGGAUGUGAGCUGUAACGAGAUCCAGAUGUUACCGUCUCAGAUGGGUCAGCUGGAGGCGCUACGAGACCUGAACAUCAGGAGGAACCACCUGGUCAGACUGCCGCCAGAGUUGGCGGAGCUCCCUCUGGUGCGUCUGGAUUUCUCUUGUAACAAAGUGACGUCCAUCCCUGUCUGUUACCGACGACUCACACAUCUGCAGACCAUCGUCCUCGACAACAACCCACUGCAGACGCCUCCUGCACAGAUCUGUAUUAAAGGUAAGGUCCACAUAUUUAAGUACCUGAACCUGGAGGCCAGUAAGACGACCCCUGAUCUCCCAGACUACGACAGGCGACCUCUGACCUUCAGCUCCUGUGUGGAUGAGCUGUACCCAGGACGUCCAUACGGAGCACUUGACUCAGGAUUCAACAGCGUCGACAGUGGAGACAAACGGUGGUCGGGGAACGAGCCCACAGAGGAACUGUCGGAGUUUCCACAGAGAGUGGCCGAGACCGGCCGAGACCCGCGAACGAGAGGAGGAGCACUGCUGCCUAAUGGAACAUAUGCGGAGCUGGAGCAGAUCGACUUCAUCGACAGCUGUGUGGGGGAGGAGGAGGAGGAGGGGCGGAGUCGAGGCGGAGGUGGCGGGGACACCUCCAGUCUGAGCUCUCAAUUCAUGGCGUACAUCGAGAGACGCAUCACCAGAGAGGGUUCUCCAGUCAAAUCCAAUUCGUCCAGGACGGAGGACACGAGAAAACUCAACAGGAGUGUGGUCGAUGGUGUCACUGCACCCUCUACCACUCAAACUCAGAGAGGAGGGGUGGAGCGAAUAAGGAGGGAGGCUCAGCUCGCCGCUCUGAGGUACGACGAGGAGAGACAGAAGAACCGCUCUGUCGCAAGUCACACCAAGUAUAAAGCAGCUCAGAGUCCAACAAAGUCCAGUCCAGACAGUGAGACCGUUUACCCCUCCAGACGCUGCACCCACACAGAUGACUCCGCCCUUUUCAUGGGUGAAGACAGAGCAACUCUGUCUCCUACAGCCAAUCAAUCACCUUCUUACCCCAGCUCAGGGGGCGGGACUUCCUGUCGAACAGCCAGUCUAAGGCCAGAGAGCUUCCUGUUUCGCCUCGGUCUGAAAGAAGAAAGGAGGAAAGGGGAUGAUGCUGCUGCUGCUCCUCCUCCUCAGAACCAGGAGGAGGCUUCUGCUGCUCCGCCUCUGGUUGGAGAAGAUGCUGAGCUGGUGGAUCAGCUCAGAAAGAACAUCGAGGCUCGUCUCAAAGUGUCGUUGCCAAGCGACCUGGGAGCAGCUCUGACUGAUGGCGUGGUGCUGUGUCACCUGGCUAAUCAUGUGAGACCGCGGUCCGUCCCCAGCAUCCACGUCCCCUCCCCUGCUGUGCCUAAACUCACCAUGGCCAAAUGUCGACGAAACGUAGAAAACUUCUUGGAGGCAUGUCGCAGGAUCGGAGUCCCACAGAGUCAGUUGUGUCUUCCUCUUCACAUUCUGGAAGAUCAAGGGCUCCCCCAAGUGGCCGGGACCGUCAGUGCUCUGCUCGACCUCGCCCCUCCCCGACACACCAUCACCAUGGCAACCACAACAACAUCAUGAACCCCACCAGCACCUCGUGACGCCAAGUCGGCAACGCUAACACCACCACCAUCCUCCUCCUCGUCAUUAGCAUCGCGCUCCGUCAGCCUCAGGAAACUUGAACAUGAGUUGUAGAUGAAAACAGUUGAUCUGAUGGAGACGUGAAACGAGCUGAACGAUCAGACGUCUCCGUCUCGAUGAGACAGACGAGCUGAAGUCGUCGUCACCACAGAGAACAAAUUACCAUGAAAAGUGAGAACUUUAAUGACAUGGCAGCUGCUUUCCACGGGAACACGUUUCAAAUUUGUGAUAUUCCACGAGCAGCAGAAAUCCUGUCUAUUAAAUAUUCUCACUUUUCUGCAUCAGACAUCUUUCUUUUGUUUUUUAACUUUUUGUGUUUUUAAAUUUAGUUUCAACUUUAAAGAAAAGUCUUUUAUUUUUUUCCACUUGGAAAAGAGUGAAAAGAUUCCUUAAUGCUAACUGAUGAAUUUAUUUUGAAUAUCUUGAGUUGUGAUUGGCUGAGCUGCCAGUCACUUAAACACUAUUACACACCUAUCAACGUUUUUAUUAUUUUAGCUGAAAUUAUUGACCAUUUAAUCUUAUUUAACUUAUGUAUUUAUGUUUCCAAAAAGUUGAAUCCAGAUGUUAUUAUGUUCAAGUGAGAAAUUCUGUUUAUAAGACUCAAAACCAAUCGACGUUAGAACCUGAAGUUAAAUAAAAAACAAAUACACUAACUGUAAGUGAGUUUGCACAUUGAGCUAGUGUAGCUAAUUGCUCACGAUAGCUAACCUUGAAGCACAGUUUACAAAUGUCACUAAUGUAGCUCACUGCUAACCAAAGCUAAAGGUUUGGAUCUUAACGCAUCUUAAUAAUACUAAACCUUAAAUACCUUUUAGCUGAAAGCAUCAGAUUUGAAUUCAUUGCUAAUGUCAGCUAACCACAAUAAAGAUUGUUUAGCGACUAACAUUGCUAACUAGCAAUAGUCAACGUAAAACUGUAAAUCAUUAUGAACCUAGUUUAAAGUUGAAGCUAAUGCACUUCACGGCUGACAGUAUUUUAUAUAGAUAAAACAAGUAUCAGAUAUCUAACAUUUUUAAUAUAAAACAUUUGCUGGUUUGAAAUGCUCUAAGGUUAGCGAACAUUGAAAAGCUAGUUUGUAACUUAAGCUCGUAAACAUUAGCCAGUAAUAAUAAAAUCUGUAAUUUAAACUUUAUCUAAUCAUUCUAACAUAGAUUGAUGCUAAUGUCAGUUCCUAGUGAUAAAGUGAGUUGAGACAUGUUAACAUCUCUUAAAUUGAAAUGUAGUGAACAGGUGGACAGAAGCUGAAAAUGCUGCUUAUAUGAAACAUUAAAGAUAGCUUUAGACUUAGCCGUUAGCUAAACUUGAUCUACUUGAUAGUGGUACGAGGCAAAAGUAUCUCAGUGCUAACAUUAGCUCACAUGUUGCUGUAAUCAUUCAGCUCUGUUUUUAGUCUCCAUCAGAUCCAGAGUUUAACCUUAAACCAGAACUCGAUCUGGAUCUGGAUCUGGUUCAGCCCUCAGCUCUGACUCACAGGCUCAUCAGACAUGUUACUUUGCACCGGCUCAUUUUUACUUGACUGUUUACUUUUGACUUUCCUCGGCUCUCACGGACGUUGUCAGGUUGAACAGAUGUUAGAGACGCUGUCACUUCCUGUUUGAUCGGCCACAUGUGAUCAUAUCGUGCAUCUGGA